AAACCAUGACAAGGGAACCAAGAAAGAGCACUCAGAAAUGCAGUGUAACACAUACAAGACUUCGCAAUGAAUGACAAAAAAACAAAAACAAACACAGGGCUUGUUAACAAGGAUAAUGAGACACAGCUGAAUAUAAUCACACAUAAUGAGUCCAGGCAAUGGGUCAUGGGAAAUGGAGUUUGUGAUGAGCUAGUACGGCAGUCGAGAGGAGUGCCACCUAGUGUAAAUCAAGGGCACUCCAACUGGUGGAUGUAACAGAUUGUUUGGUAACAUCUUUGAGGAGUGACACUCAUAUUUUAAUGCUCUUAGACAUUUUAAACAUUUGAAGAAAGUCACCUUGACCCCACAACAAAAGUAAGAUAAAGCAAGAUAACAUAAAGGGGAGGAGCAGAGUGAUUUAACAUGCUUGCACGUGCAGGAGCAGUUGAAUAAUAUGACAUGUCAUCCAGUGACUUAGAUGGCAUAAUUCAUCUUCAUACGCGCAAAGUUGGGGCCUUAUCAACUUUAAGUGCCGGUGUUACAUAGCAGGAGGUGUAAAAACUGGGCAUGCGAGGACUUUGACAGGAGACGCACAGUCAGUGACCCCUGGUUAUAUGGGCAAUUAAUGUCUGGAGGAAGGUCCUGAAAGGGAGGGGCAUCAGUAGACUCUUGAAUGCUCAUUUCACCUGGAAGCUUGUCACUUUUUCUCUCCUCUUUUCUGCUUCAGGCUCUCCAGCGCCAUGGAAGUGUGUGAGAUAAAAAUGUUGCCAGCUUGGGAGAGUGAUGGCACAAAGGUGUCUGUAAAAGUGCCAGGCCCAACUCUGACAUACCAGAAUAUUCUCUACUGCAUUAGAGAAAGCCGUGGACCGUGUCGCAAGAGAGGACCAGAGAGAGACAUCCUAAAAAAUGUCAGUGGAAUCCUGAAAACGGGACUGAAUGCAAUCAUGGGAGCAACAGGAAGCGGCAAAACAUCGUUGUUAGACGUGAUCGCUGGCAGGAAAGAUCCUCGUGGUUUGCGUUCAGGACAAGUUCUGGUUGACAACAAGGUUGUGACCUCUGAGCUCCGUCUCAUGUCUGCCUAUGUCGUUCAGGAUGAUGUCCUGAUGGGAACUCUGACUGUGCGGGAGAAUCUUUUAUUCUCUGGAAAUCUGCGGUUGCCAAGGAAACAGUAUUCCACUGCUGAUAAGGAAAAAAAAGUGGAGAGCAUCAUUCAGGAGCUUGGAUUGGAGGACUGUGCAGACACCAAGAUUGGUACAGAGUUUAUAAGAGGUGUAUCAGGAGGAGAAAGAAAGCGCUGUAGCAUUGGUAUGGAGCUCAUUACAUCUCCGACUCUUCUGUUCCUGGACGAGCCGACCACAGGCCUCGACUCCAAUACAGCUAACAGCAUCAUUUCUCUCUUGCACAGGUUGUCACGGAGUGGUAAAACUAUAAUUUUCUCGAUCCACCAGCCGCGUUACUCAAUCUUCAGGCUCUUUGAUCAUCUGACACUUCUCCAUAAAGGAGAAACCGUUUAUGCUGGCCCUGCCGGCAAAGCCAUGGACUACUUCCAGAGUCUGGGUUAUGAGUGCGAGGCUUUCAACAACCCUGCCGAUUUCUUUCUGGACAUAACAAAUGGCGAGACCUCUUCUUCAAUGUCAACAGAGAAGUCAUUGGCUGAGCUUUACAGGGAGUCUCAGUACUGUGCUUCUAUCAACGAGGAGUUGAAAUGUAUCGCUGGACCAUCAGAUCCCUCAUCUGAAGCCAAGAGCAAGGCACCCUCCUAUGUCACCUCGUUUUUCUACCAGUUAAAGGUGGUGUGUUGGAGGGCAACGCUGAACGUUCUCAGGAAUCCUCAGACCUCAUAUGCUCAGCUGGCACUUAACAUCAUCUUUGCUCUACUGAUUGGACUCAUCUACUACCAGAUGCCUUUAACUCUUCCUGAAGCCUUACAGAACAGGAUUGGAGCGUUCUUCUUUCUCAUCAUCAACAUGGUGUUUGGCAAUCUAUCAGCAGUUGUACUCUUCAUUAACGAACGAGCAAUCUUUGUGCAUGAGAACUCAGGGGGAUAUUACCGAACAUCAGUAUAUUUCCUGUCCAAGGUGUUUGUGGAUCUGUUACCAAAUCGCAUUGUACCAAUUUUCAUCUUCUCCAGCAUUGCUUACUAUAUGAUGGGGUUGAAUCCAGCAUUCACAUCCUUCUUGUGCUUUGCAUUGACCAUGUCUAUGGUCAGUCUGGCGGGAGUCAGCUUGGCGUUCCUGGUCAGUGCCAGCGUGAGCUCAUUUGCCAUGGCCAACAUCCUCGUAGCCUUGCCCUUUGUCUUCAUGAUGGUGUUUGGAGGGUUCCUAGUAAAUCUUAACUACAUGCUCAACUGGUUGUCCUGGCUCAAGUGGGUCAGUAUCUUCAAAUAUGGACUAGAUGCUGUGACUAUAAAUGAAAUGAAAGGGCUGGUCUUCUACAGUGGGAAUGAUACACUAACAGGAGAGAUGUACCUGAUAUCUCAGGGGAUCGACUACAGUGUGUGGGGCUUCUGGCAGAACCAGGUGGCUCUUCUGGGCAUCAUACUGGUGUGUAUGACACUUGCAUACAUACAGUUACGCAGGAUCAACCGCUGGAAAUAAUGAACAUUCUCUUCACAACAGACUGACUCAUAAGCACAAUGUAAUUUCAUAAAAGUCAUGUUUUUGCAUCAACUCCAUUUCUGUUGUAUGUUUAAUACACCGUUGUCUAUGUAAAUUAUAAUGUUUGAAUUUAAUAAUUCAUCUUGUCUUAUUUGGGAUGGACACUGAUACCUGUUUGUAAAUAUGCAACUUCUAAUUUAAGAAAAAAAAAAAAACAUGUUGUGCAAUAUAUCUGUAUUUGAAGUGUAUUAUAGGCUAUUUAAAUGCUUUUCUGCCAAAAUUAAACAGUAAAACAAUUAUUAAAUAAAACAAUUCAUUAAAAGAUAAGAGACAAA